UUGACGGGUUUUGAAAUUUGAAAAAUAUGAAAAUCAGACCGUUAGAUGGAAGAGGACGGUCAGGAUUUUUAGUAAUUCGAGAAACUGAAAUUUCUUGAAAAUUUGCAAGAAUUAAUUCCUUGCACAAAAGAAACUCCAAAACAACACUAACACACCCCGAACCCCAUGACUUGAUUUUCCCGGAAAAUCCCAGCCUUCCCGAGAAAAUCUGGCGAUGGACUCUCCUCCUGACCUCGCAGACGAGUUCCGCAACUGGCUGGAGCUGCCCCGGGACGUGACGGCGUCGAUCCUGCUGAGACUGGACGCCAUCGAGAUCUUGACGAGCGCGCAGAUGGUGUGCUCGCCAUGGCGCAAACUCUGCAAGGACCCGUCUAUGUGGCGCACCGUCCACAUACGCAACCCCCACUCCCACUGGGCGAUCUCCGACCUCGAGAAGAUGUGCCGCCAAGCCGUCGAUCGCAGCUGCGGCCAGUUGGUGGAUAUCUACAUCGAGUACUUUGGCGACGACGAGCUCCUCAGGCACAUCGCUGACAGUUCAAAUCAGCUCAAACGCCUUCGACUUGUAAGUGUCUAUGACGUUUCAGAUGAGGGAUUGAGAGAAAUGGCUGCAAAACAUCCAUUACUAGAGGAGCUUGACAUUUCAUUCUGCUCAUUGUCAGAAAAAACUCUGAAAGCUGUGGGCCGUCGUUGCCCUCAUUUGAAAUCAUUCAAAUACAACGAGAAAGGGUAUAGAUAUCCUCACGUAGAGUGUAAUGGGUUGGCUCUUACUAUUGCAAAGAACAUGCCUGAAUUGCGCCACCUCCAGCUUUUUGGAGAUAAGCUGACUAAUGAUGGCUUGCAGGCCAUCCUUGACGGUUGCCCUCACCUUGAAUCACUUGACCUACGCCAAUGCUUCAAUGUCAAUCUGGCAGGGGAUUUGGGAAGAAGAUGUGCUCAACAGAUUAAACACUUGCGGCUUCCCCAUGAUUCCACCGAUGACUAUGAAUUUGGUGGUGAACUUGAUGGUUAUGGUUCUUCUGAUUUUGAAGAUGGCUACCUAUCUGGGUAUUCGGACGUAGAUUGUUUGUCUGAACCUUGUGGGUAUUAUGAUUUCCCCGGCUACGAUCCCAUCAAUGAUGAAUUCACCAACUACGAUUUCAUUUUCAACUACGGAGAUUUUAACGACGACGGUUUUUAUUGACCGACUCCUGUGUUGCACCCAACUCUUGCCUCCCAAUAUUUUGAAUGUUUAGUAUUAGUAUCUUAUUGACUUCGUGUGCACCUCUAGAUAGAUGUACUAAUUUUGAAUUCUGAUCUUAUGGAUGUUAUUAAUUUUAUUUGAAAUAGAAGUGAUCUUUGUCUGCCAAUACUGCCCACUCCAAUU